CGUGUGUGCUUUGUGACCCGUGUUCGCAAGCAGAAGUAUGGCGAGUUUUUCACAUGAACCAGGUUUUUGCCCACAGUGUGGUACAAUUUUGCCAAUGUUAGGCUCCGAGGGCGAUGUUAGAUGUUAUAAUUGUAAGCAGACGUUUGGUCCAGAAGUGUUUUCGGGUUUAGAAUGCCAUUAUGUCAUCCAUUUUAACUCUCCUAAUGUAUAUGGUGGGUCAAAACAAAAAGCAGACAGUGCAGAUGGGUGUGUAGUGGAAAGAAUGUGCCCAAAUUGCAAGAACGAUAAGAUGUCAUACGCUACUUUGCAGCUACGAUCCGCAGAUGAAGGGCAGACAGUAUUUUACACAUGCACAAAAUGCAAGUUCAAGGAGACGGAAAAUUCAUGAUGGCUGACAUUUAUGUUAUGUUAACAGAAGACAAUUCAAAAUAUGGAUACCAGAUGUGAAAUAUGCAAAUAUAUCAUAUUUAUUGUAUGUUUAAUAUUCAUGUCUGUACAUGAAACAUAAAAUAUUUAUAAUGUUCAUUAUAUCUAGCUCAUACACCAAAUCCCCAGUCCACACUGGUUUUUCUUAAAAUAUCUGAAUAUGCCAGAAAUCUGUAAAUAGUUAUGUAAAACUUACCCUACUUAAUCUGACUCUAGCUCCAGGAUAUAUCCUAUACCAAUUCUUAUCCAUUUCUUUCAUGUUAUAAAUGAUUUACCCUUAUGUUCACAAAUAUGCAUUGCAUUUUUAUAGAUGUUUCCAUAUAACCUUCCAGUUGUUGCCUGCACUUAAUUCUGGCACACAUGACCCACGAGUGAAGUUUGUUUACUUCCAUGCCAAGAUUCAGUUUUUAGACAUAUUCAUUCUUCAUUAGCCUAGUGCUGUAUCAGUCAACAACCACAAUCAUUUCCUUUUGAAUGAACAUCUUUCCCAUACAAUUCUGUUCUCAUAAACAGUCAAUCCAGUCUACAACUCAAAGGGUAUAUGACCAAAAAAAAAAAAGGAAAAGUACAUUAAAAAGAACAGUUAUAAU